AUGUCGAUGGAUGCUCCCGCACUUAUAAACUUCUUCAAAGGGCAUCCCUCCUACAGAUUACUCCCAAAUGCAGCUGUUGUGAAGGCCACCACUGAAUUACUAACACCAACUGAGAGAGACUACGAUUCUGAGACGAUAAAUAGACAUCCGUUGACUUACGGAUCCGAUGAAGGUGCGUUUUGGGUGAGAGACACCAUAUGCCAGUUCAAUAACGGAAAGGCGUUCAAAUUCCCUAAUGGUUCCCCCUAUCGCUCGAAACCUGAGUACCUGAAUUUGAAUUCGGGUGCCUCAUAUGGUGUGUUGAGUAUAUUGCUACAGACAACUUUGCCCCAUACAGGGUACACCCGGCAAGCGUUCAUCAUAUCUCCAACUUAUUUCCUUAUCAACGACUGUUUUAUUGAUGCUGGGUUUGGAGGGAAACUAACAGCGGUUAGUGAGGAAGGCGAGGAUAGUAUUGAUUUUGAUUUCUUGGAAGAAAGGCUGGCUCAUUUUGAAUCCGAGGCUAGAAGAAACGAUGGUGAUGUUGGUAAUGAUACCUCUUGCGUGACCAAUCCUACCAAAAAUCCAAACAAAAAAGUGUACAGGUACGUGUUAUAUUGUGUUCCAACGUAUGCAAACCCUAGCGGUAUGUCCUUUUCGCUAGAGACUAAGAAAAAGCUGUUAGACUUGGCCAGGAAAUACGAUAUGCUGAUAAUUGCAGAUGACGUUUACGAUUUAUUGAACUACGAACAGCCUCUAGACACCAUCCCGACCCCACCAAUGAGGAUUGUGCAUCUAGAUAGGUCGACCAAUACUGAUUCUGAAAGCUUUGGGAAUAGUAUUUCCAAUGCCACAUUUUCCAAAAUCAUCGCUCCUGGAUUAAGGUUUGGUUAUCACGAAACGAUCAACUCUAAGUUAGCACACCAACUUUCUGAAGGUGGUGCUAACACAUCAGGUGGGACCCCGUCCCAGCUAAAUUCCAUGAUUGUGGGGACUCUGUUGAAAGAGGGGACGAUAUCCGAGAUACUCUACACGUUGAGAUCCGUGUAUAAAGUGCGGGCCACGAUAUUAUACGACUCAAUAAAGAAAUUCCUGCCUCGUGCUACCAAGUGUGAAAUGAUUAAAGGCGGGUAUUUUGUAUGGGUUACGUUACCAGAAGGUUACGAUGCCGCUGAGAUCGGCAAUAUACUCAACAAAAAGCAUCAGGUGGUAAUGGCUAAUGGGUCCAAUUUCGAGGUAAUUGGCGAUGAAAAGAAUUGGGGACAGUCAUCGGUGAGAUUAUCCAUAAGUUUCUUAGAAGUAAGUCAAAUUGUCGACGGGAUCCAGCUCUGGGGCGAAGUGUGUAAAGACUUCGCGCAGUUACAUGUACUGACCUUUUAA